AUGGACUCUGUCCUGGAGAACUCACGACCGAAGGCAGUGAAGGCAGAGGGAAAUAGCGUUGGUCCUGUGGGGGCAGAUUUUUUGAAAGGAUUACCCGUCUACAACAAAAGCAAUUUCAGCAGAUUCCAUGCGGAUUCUGUAUGUAAAGCAUCAAAUAGAAGACCAUCGGUAUACCUUCCCACGAGAGAAUAUCCAUCUGAACAAAUCAUAGUAACAGAAAAGACAAAUAUACUUUUGCGUUAUUUACAUCAGCAGUGGGACAAAAAGAAUGCAGCAAAGAAGAGAGAUCAAGAGCAAGUGGAAAUAGAAGGUGAGAACUCGGCGCCACCACGGAAAAUCGCUCGGACAGACAGCCAGGAUAUGAACGAGGACACUUAAACUCUUGGCUUUCUCCUCUACUACUUUGCAGGCGCUUCCUGUUUUGUCUCAAAGUGUGUAAAUUUUGCCCCUUGCCCCCAUCUCUCACCCCUCCACUAUGCAGCCCAAACCACUUCUGACUUCAUAGGAGCCAAUGUAUUUAUUUUUUUUUUUUCCUCUCCAUUUUUUAUUUAUGCCGUAAAACUUACGGAGCAGUGGUGGCACAAUUCAGUAAAUGAUGUAGUAUAACCUUAGUUCCUCCUUUCUAAAAAUAUACACUGUCACUUUCAAAGGUUUUAUUGAAUCUGUUACCUAAUCAACCAGAUCUAGCUAUGGGAACCUGGGUGGGAGACAUGGUUUAUUCCAGAACCCUUCAGUGGUAGAGGCUUUCCGAUUCAUGU